AGUUACCUGAUUAAUUUAACUACUUUGCUGCUUAACCCAUUCGCAUAUCCCUCACAUCACAUAUCUUAAUCGAUUAUACUUGAUCCAUGGAUUCUUCUCCAUAGUCCCCAGCUAGAUACACCGCGUCAUCGUUACAAGCGUCCACGAACUUGAUACCUAUCUUUACCUUUACUGCCUACCCCACCGGCUUGAGCACAGCAUCCCGCCUCUACAAAUGGAAUAAAAAGAGUUUUGACAAGCCGAUAUCAACCUUCAACAAGGUAAACCUCAUGGAUGUCUUCAACACAUAUUCAAGGCAAAACUAUCAUGAAUGGCAUGACCAGGUUUCUGAGCCGGCGCGAGAAACGUUCGAACCGCCCUGGCCGGAGCAAGGAGCGUAAUAAUGCACCAACCGCAUCCUCCGACUUGUACGGAGUGUUCACUACGGCUGAGGCCGUGAAAGGCGACAAAGAGGAAGAGAAGAAAGUCAAAAGUCUAUCCCAGAGGUUACACAAAGUUGGGAUCACGAAUUUGAAAGAUGCCCAGAUCGAAUAUGCGCUCCGAUCGAGCCUCAGUAAUGGUGAUACAGAGCAAGCAUAUGAUCUACUGGUUCUAUUCGAGGAUUCUAUUGUGGGUAUAUUGAAAGAACCUGACCCAGAGGUGCCUAUGUUGGGAGCACAAAACCGUGAAAUGGUUACUUGCUAUCUUGAUGCAUUACUCUUUGCGAUGUUCGCACGCCUUGACAGCUUUGAAGGAAUGCUGUUCAAUAAUUUUGAAGACGUGCCCCGAAGGCGUCUGACUGCGCUUCUACGGUUGUGGGUCAACCUCCUUCGCUCUGGCAAAUUGAUAACCACAGACAUAACCCGUCACAUUCAGGAGUCAUUGGCAAGCUGUGGGUGGGAAGAAGCAAAGAACAUAUCUCAACAGGACACGUCUGAGGCCUUCACGUUUAUUACCGAGAAAUUGGAGCUGCCUCUAUUGACUUUGAAGAUGGACAUAUACCACACUGGCAAGGAAGACGCCCAGGACGAUCACAAAUUCGUCAACGAGAGGCUUCUUGAAGUAGCACUGCCUGAUGCAGGACCUGAUUCGGGCAAUAGCGUCACUCUCGAAGACUGUCUCGAGGCUUACUUCAAUAAUAAGAUUGAAGUAAAACGACAUCUGCUCCAACGCCGCAGUACUUUGCAGUUGUCCAGAUCAAGCGACAUUAACAAAGACCAGGCUGUCCAUAUCGAAACACUUGAGAUAGACAGUGGCAUUGAUUCACCAGUAACAACAACCCCAACAAGCAUUAGCACCCCAACAUUCUCCAAGCGGCCCUCGAAAGGCUAUCUUCGAACAGACAGCAUAUUCAGCGAGAGAUUCGUGCAAGCAAGAAAGACAAGCCUUGAAUCAGACCAGAAGGCUGAUAGAAAGCCCGUAGAUGACCUCGCCCUGGUUACCAAACGGCGAGCAAGGGGUGGGUCAAUGCGGAAAGAGGUGAUGAUGCCAGCGUGGCAGUUUUUCAGCUUGAUACCCUGGUAUACUGACAACGCCCCCAAAAGCGAUGCACAGGUUGCUGCUCACUUCUCAGCCAAGAGGCCCAUUCUCGGCAUCUGCCUAAAACGAUAUACAAUGCUAUCAAAUGGGACACCAAAACGAAUAGAUACGUUUGUAGACAUACCACUCGAGAUAGCACUGCCUCACUUUGUUUCUGAUGACAGAAUGGACGACGAAGGGCCUCUAUUCGGAAAUUUCAAACUUUCGUUGCAAUCAGUAGUAUGUCAUCGUGGUAGGUCCGUCAACUCUGGCCACUACAUAUCCCUGGUACGAGGCGAUGCACGACUACCACACGAACGUAAUGUCACCGAUACAUCACUACCACCAUAUCAGUCCACUCAGUGGUUCUUGUUCGACGAUCUUGCCUCCCAGCGUGUAAAGAGUAUUGACAUACAUGAGGCGCUCAGGGCAGAGUCGCCGUAUUUGCUAUUUUUCCGAGUCGAACCUAUCAAUGACGAACUCGCUCGCGGCAGCCCACCUGGCUACUACGAAGCAAGCAUGAACAAGUUCUCUGCUGACGUAUCAAGAGAGGACUUCAAUAUUCUAUCAGAGAAAGAAGCUGAAUACAUGAUUCAAGGACUACCAUAUUCCCCUGCUCCUGCCCCUGGGGAUACAGACACGAUACCGAUAAUCGCUACGAUCGAACCCACGUCGCCCCGAGUCGAAAACACACCAGAAGCAAGACCUGUUACUGAAACAGGACAUCUCAACCACGUUGCAUCUGAUCCUACACCACGAGCACCUAGUCUAGACCUUCCCAUCGCCACCGCGCCACAUCACAAAUCAGUUCCCGUGGGAAGAUCAAGCAUGUCUAGCAAUCGUACCAGCGUGGUCUUCGAAGACGUUAGUACUGCUGGCUCCAUCAGUACACGGGGCAAUACCGCCCCUUCAAGUCCUACUGAAGACGGUCGAUUCCACCUACAGCCUGCUUCAACGCGAAGCAGCAAAGCCGAGAAAAGCAAGUCCAAAAGCCGACCCCAUAGCCAAAGUGGUGAGAGUCGUCUCGCGGCUACUGUUGGUCUGUUGACUGGACGCAAGAGCCGAGAUCGACUUGCAGAUAGAGACGAUUUUGCCGUCGAGAUCAGUGAUUCUGGUCUUGGUAAUGGUGAGGAGCACUCGAAGCACGGGUCGAUGGGAAGGUCAAAGGGUAAGCGUGUCUCAAAGAAGAAGAGGUCGAGGAGCAUGGGACCGGGUGGAUUCCUGGAUUCUAAGGACAAGGAGGAUCGACCUGAUAGAGAGUGUGCUGUCAUGUGAACUGUACUGCUAAAAGGAGGUUGCUUGCAAUGGGACAAAAGUACAGCAUCAGCAUCAAACCUAUAUAUGGCGUCUGGGAGUUUCGUACUAGUUGGGUAUUGUGUCGGGUCACGGUUACAGAUACCCUCAUACUACUACUUGGAAUGGGACCGAAUGAAUAGGAUUGUCAAUAAUACUUAUGCUGUCGGGUGCUUUGUCCGAACACGCGUGUCACUCUUUACGUAAUUUACUGCGUUCUAUGAAUGCUUUGAAUAGGGUACUCUUUCUCGGUGCUACCACACACGACCUAGUUAAAAUCCGAUCAUCUGCAAUGUUGGAGAUCCUUUCGACAUGUAUAUAGCAUUCUUGCCUACAUCCAUCACCG